AUGCAGCUGCUCAUCCCAGCCACCCUCUGCCUGCUGGGCUCCUGCUGCCUCCAGGGCACAGGGGCACGGCAGUAUGGGUCUGUCCUCACGGUGCCAAAUGGGGGUCCCUGGGGCUCCUGGGGGCACAAGCAAUUCUGCCCCAGAGGCUACGCAAAGGGAUUUGCAUUGAAGGUGCAGCCCUUCCAGGGAUUUUGGCUGUUUGGUGAUGACACGGCUCUGAACGGCGUCCGCCUGCACUGCACGGACGGCACAGUCAUCGAGUCCUCCGUGGGCUGGUGGGGGAACUGGACGGAGGCUCAGCUCUGCUCCAGCAACAAGCUGGUGUCGUUCUCGCUGCGCGUGGAGAGGUGGCAGUACCUGCGGGACAACACGGCCGUCAACAAUGUCAGGUUCGCCUGCUCCAACGGGACCGGCCUGGAGGGAUGGGGACUUUCCGGGGGUCACUUCGGCCCGUGGAGCAGCAACUGCACCUCUGGGGCCAUCUGUGGGCUCCAAACAAAGGUGGAGAAACCCCAGGGGAAGUGGGAUGACACAGCUCUCAAUGACAUGAGAGUGUUCUGCUGUGAGUAA